CCCCGCCCCGCAUAUCCUCCGCCCGCCUCCCUCCCUCCCUUUCCCCUCCCCGCCCCCCUCUAUUUCACCACCCCGUCCGCACCCCCACCGCGACGAUCACCGGCGCAAUCCGUGCACCCCAUCCCCACCCGCACACCCACCGGAAAUCUCCUUUCUUUCCCGCGACUGGGCGGCCGCGGCGGCGAUGAAGUUCGGCAAGAGCCUCAGCGGGCAGAUCGUGGAGACGCUGCCGGAGUGGCGCGACAAGUUCCUGUCCUACAAGGACCUCAAGAAGCGCCUCAAGCUCAUCGGCGCCGGGAACGGGGCCGAGCGGCAGCCCAAGCGAGCACGCCGCGAGGACGCCGGGGAGGCCGAUGCGUCCCCGGCGGCGGCGAUGACGCCCGAGGAGGCGGAUUUCAUGCGGCUCCUGGAGGCCGAGCUCGACAAGUUCAACUCUUUCUUCGUCGAGAAGGAGGAGGAGUACAUCAUUCGCCAGAAGGAGCUGCAGGACCGCGUGGCCAGGGCGGCCGGUCAGGAGUCCAAGGAGGAGCUCAUGCGGGUGCGCAAGGAGAUCGUCGACUUCCACGGCGAGAUGGUGCUGCUGGAGAACUACAGCGCCCUCAACUACACCGGACUGGUUAAGAUUCUCAAGAAGUAUGACAAGAGAACUGGAGCCCUGAUCCGGCUGCCCUUCAUCCAGAAAGUCCUGCAGCAGCCUUUCUUUACCACUGACCUUCUAUACAAACUUGUGAAGCAGUGCGAAGCCAUGCUGGAGCAGCUCCUACCAACUAGUGAACCAUCUAUAUCAAGGGAAGAUGGAAAAGGAGAUAGCAAUGAUGAAGAAAAACCAGCAAAUCCCACUUCUUCCUUGUUAAACGGCGGUGGUAUUCCCGAGUUGGAUGAGAUUGAGUACAUGGAGAGCAUGUACAUGAAAAGCACGGUUGCGGCGCUUAGGUCGCUGAAGGAGAUCCGGAGCAAGAGUUCGACUGUCAGCAUGUUCUCAUUGCCACCUCUUCAGGGCAACAAUGCGCCCGAAGAGCCGGAGAGGUGGAACAAAAUACCUGCGAUAGAGCAGGCCGCCAAAUGACAUGACGAGUGUGCAACAUCAGAUGCUUCAACUCGCAGCAAUUUUAGUCUUGACAUUUUGCUGGAGAUUGGACUGGGAUCUCAAUCUCCCUGUCGUAUAUUCAGUAAUCUGUAUGAAUUCAGGUUUCCUAACAGAUGUAAAAUGGUUGAAAUGUCAGUUCAAUAUACCAUGUUAAAUCAUAGAAUCCCAGCAUAACCAUCAAACGGAACUGAGGUGAUUUUAUUCACUAUUGUGAAUUGAUCCUGUAUUUUUGCUGAUCUACAAGUAUUAACUGAGUUUAUGAUUCGGGAUUGUUGA